AAAGAUUGUGUGAAGCCGCAAAUGAAGAAAGCAGGAACAAAAUUCAAAUUCAAAUUUACUGUUAAAAACGAAGAAGAAAAAAAGGGAGCAAGAGAGAGAGAAUAAAGUGUUUUUCCUUCCAUGGUUUUACCAGAAGAGGACGAAAAUGGCGUAAGGAAGCAGAGCGGUACAGUGCAGAUGAAGUGAAGCAGUACACUACACAUGCUUCGCGAAAGGGAUUGGACUCUCUUUCUAAGCUUCACCAAUUCCAACCUUUGACUCUGGAAUCUCCACCCAUUAGCGCACAGCCUCGACCUCAAUGUAGGAUUCGAGGAUUGCUGAAACCCUUUGUCUUCUUCUUCUGCAGAAUCCGAGACGAGUUUCAUGGACUACGAGCGGAUCCAGAAGCCUCAGUGUGUGUGCAGGCUAGUGGUGGCGGGGGAUUUUCGCCUGGAAAGCUCAGGAAUAUGCUGCUUGGGUUGGAGAAGAAGAGGAAGGAGGAGGAGGAGGAGCUUGAGCUUGGAUCCACUUACAACUUGUCAUCUCAAGCUCUGCAGAUCGAUGAAGCUGGCAGUAGCGGAUCUGAUAUUUGCAAAGAUGUGGAUGUGGUCAGUGUCUUUCCAGAAUGCUCGACUUCAAGAAAAGCUGAUUCAUUGGUGUCGGAGAUGGUUAAUGAUCAUAGGUUGAAGGACAACACUUGUAACUAUGAUAGUGGGCAGGAUGGUUCAUCACUGCUCAAUUCAACCUUUGAGUUUCAGAAGUCAGAGAAGUCUACACGAGUUCCCCUGGGGCCGUUCUCUAAGCCAGCACCAUCCAAGUGGGAUGAUGCUCAGAAGUGGAUCGCAAGUCCUACUUCAAAUAGACCCAAAACAGGGCAAUCUCAGACUCAGGCUGGACAACUUUUUGGAUCACGAAAAUUAGGAAUUGGUCAUGGUAGUCGACAACCAUCUUUGAAGGUGGUGGUUGAAGUUCCAGACAGAAAAGUUGUUGAUUUUGAAGAACCAGAUACAAAGCAGAUUGAUAGUAGUGAAGCUAACAUUGGAAGCAUUGCCCAGAAAUUUGUUACUUGGGAUUCUCAUCCAUGCGCAGUUGAAGAUUCACAUGGCAAGCCUGUGUUGAUGAUUGAGAACUCUGUUGGCAAGUCGGCAAUUAGUCUUAGCCAACAUGAUUCAACUCUGGCCAUUCAGACUGCAACUACAUUUAUUCCUCCUCCCACAACAGCUCGUUCUGUGUCAAUGAGGGAUAUGGGUACAGAGAUGACACCUAUUGCAAGUCAAGAACCUUCCAGGACCGGUACUCCUGUGAGAGCAACAACACCAAUGCGUAGUCCAACUUCUUCUGUACCAUCGACUCCUGGGAGAGCUGCACCAACUUCAUCUUUGACUCUGACCACAGCGGCAGACCGUGUAGAUUCUAACACAGAGUUAUCUGAGAAGGAGAUACAAUUGAAAACUAGAAGAGAGAUAAUGGUUCUUGGUACACAAUUGGGGAAACUGAACAUUGCUGCAUGGGCCAGCAAGGAGGAGGAAGAUAAAGAUGCCUCCACUUCACUUAAAACUGUUGCAACUGAACGACCAGCUAAAAGUGUGAUUGAAACACGGGCAGCAGCAUGGGAGGAGGCUGAGAAAGCCAAGUAUAUGGCUAGGUUCAAACGUGAAGAGAUGAAAAUUCAAGCAUGGGAAAAUCAUCAGAAAGCAAAAACAGAAGCCGAAAUGAGGAGAGUUGAGGUCAGAAUAGAGAGAAUGAGAGGUCAGGCACACGAUAGGCUUAUGAACAAACUAGCAGCAGUAAGACACAAAGCUGAAGAAAAGCUAGCGGCAGCAGAAGCCAAGAGAAACCGCCAAGCUGGGAUAGCUGAGCAGAAAGCAGAUUAUAUUCGCCAAACUGGUCGCAUCCCUUCUUUAUUUUCCUGCUGCUAUUGGUGCUCUUGAAAUUGAUAGUGUUCUUGAAUGUUUGUCCAUGUAUUGUUUACUGUAAACAAAAUUCAGCUCUUGCAUGGUUGCAUGUUUCAUUUCCAUAUGAGCUUAUACGAGAAUGAUAUCUUGUCCUUUUUAA